CGGCCGCCGUAGCGUCCCGGUUGCCAUGGUUCCCGGCUCGGGACGCGGAGGUGCCGGGAAGGGUGAAACGAGUCCGGGGCUCCCCCGGGGCAUCAGGGGAUCCGCGAGCCCGAGCGAGGCGCCAUGGGCCGGAUCACAGAAGAUCUUAUUAGACGGAAUGCUGAGCACAAUGACUGUGUAAUUUUUUCCCUGGAGGAACUCUCCCUGCAUCAACAAGAGAUAGAAAGACUAGAACAUAUUGACAAAUGGUGCCGGGAUUUAAAAAUUCUCUAUCUUCAGAAUAAUCUCAUCGGAAAAAUUGAAAAUGUUAGCAAACUCAAGAAACUUGAAUAUUUGAAUUUAGCUUUGAACAACAUUGAGAAAAUUGAAAAUUUGGAAGGAUGUGAAGUACUGACAAAGCUUGACCUGACAGUAAAUUUCAUUGGAGAUCUGAGCAGCAUUAAAACCCUGAAGCACAACCUCCACCUGAAGGAGCUCUUCCUCAUGGGAAAUCCCUGUGCCGACUUCGAUGGUUACAGACCGUUCGUGGUGGCCACCCUACCGCAGCUCAAGUGGUUGGACGGUAAAGAAAUAGAGCGUUCAGAAAGGAUCCUGGCACUGCAGGACUAUCCAGCUGUUGAGCAGCAAAUCAGAGAGCAGGAAAAAGCUUACUCCCUCAAAAGAGCCAAAGAGAAAGAAGAGGCCCAGAGGAACCUCGAGGAGGAGCCUGGAAAGGAAGACAAGAAGAGACGUGACCCUGGCUUUGACGGGCGGUGGUACACCGACAUCCCUCCUGCUAUCCCAUUUUCUACGGAGAGGCAAGGCUACGUCCAGACACCAGAGAUACAAGAAGAGCAACUCCACACAAAGAGAUCAGAUGAAAGUGAGGAUGACCUGGCGUUCUGGAACAAACCAUCUGUGUUUACACCUGAAUCUAGAUUGGAAACUCUUAGACAUGUGGAAAAGCAACGGAAAGCCCAAGAGAAAGUAAGCGACAAAAGGAAGACCGCGAAGCCGCCCCGGACUUUGGUCACUGAGGAAGGCAAGGUCCUGAAUGUCAAUGCACCCAAGCUUGACUUUUCUUUGAAAGAUGAUGAAAAACGUAACCAAAUCGUUCUGGACCUGGCUGUCUACAGGUACAUGGAUACCUCUUUAAUCCAGGUCGACGUGCAGCCAACUUAUGUCCGAGUAGUGGUCAAAGGGAAGCCAUUUCAGCUCGUCCUUCCAGCAGAAGUCAAGCCUGACAGCAGCUCUGCUAAAAGGUCUCAGACGACGGGACACCUCGUGAUCUACAUGCCCAAGGUGGGAGAAGUGAUCACAGGUGUUAGACGAGCAUCAAGGUCUGUGAAAACCCCACCGGACAGCAGCAGACAGCAAACGGGCAGAAGAGGCAAGCAAACUGAGAAACUAGAAGUUGAUCCAAGGAUGCAUUCAUGCCCUGAUAUAACUACCAUAGUUCAAGAAAAGCAGCAUGCCUCCAGCAAGUUGAGAUCUGAGCCUCAAAUUACACCUGGGGAGGAACACCCAGACUUUGAAGAUAAUCCUGAAGUGCCUCCGCUGAUUUGAAAUUGCCAGGUGCAUAACCAUGGCUGAGACCCAUUCGGCCCCACAUUUUUCAGUAUGAAGAAUAAGUAUAUGGUACUUAUAGAACAAAUGCAGAAUUAUCUAUUAUUAUAACCACUUUAU